AUGCCUUUUAUUUCUUUCCUGGCGUUGGCCCUGGGCCUUUUUGCUCAAAAGACUUUAGGUGGCGUGGCGGUCCGCAAGACAGGCACUGCACCUACCGGCUACGAAGUUGAUUUCACCUUGGUCAACGAGACGGCGUCGCGUGUCAUCGUCGCCGGCGGCAUCUUCCCCUUCACAGACCAAUGGCAUACUGGCUGGCAGUAUUCCGGCGGGUGGAGCCCUAGAGAAUACCAGCGUGGCGACUUUAUCCUACCGCAAACCGCUGGUGGUCUUGGGGAUGCUGACUGGCCAUAUGUCAUGGAGAGUGAUGGCCAGGGCAGCUGGCGUCUGACGGUCCCGAUGCCGUCUGGUACGUACAACUACGCGUUCUUGGUUGACUGCGAAGUACCGACGAACUGCUCUUUCGCAAGCGGAAAGUGGGUGAUCGACCCUGAGAACCCGCCUUUUGUAAACGUCCCAGGCGAUCAGACCGCCUCAUCCUUCCAGGUCCCCUUUGACGCCGAGUUCCAGGGCACCCCGGCCGGUGGAUCGGAUCUGGACUUUGACUACGCCCUCCCGCGGGCGGAUUCCAGUGAGCGCGGGACCGUGGCGACGGUCAACUACACGUCCCCGGGCUCCGUCUGGCCCGCGCCCGGCGUGCACGAUUGUGCAGUCUACACACCACCGGGAUACGAUGCCAAGUCUGACCGAGAGUACCCCAUCAUGUACCUCUCGCACGGCGCCGGCGGCAACGGCGAUGACUGGCAGAACCUGGCGCGUAUGGGGAACAUCAUGGAUAACCUGAUCGCGGGCGGCUUCAUCGAGCCCACCGUGGUAGUCACACCAAGUUUCUACAACAUAGCGCCCGAGUACAACUUCACGUACGGCCUGUCCGCGCGGGCCCCCGAGGCCCCCGUUGUGCGCGAGAACUACCUUGCCCAUCUCUUCCCCUUCAUUGAGGCCAGCUACCGCGUCUCAAAGUCCCCCUCACGGCGUGCCUUUGCGGGCCUCAGCCUCGGCGGCCGCCUCACGUACGAGAUGUACAUCAACGCCACCGACUACUUUGACUACUUUGGCAUCUUCUCAGGUGCGCAGGGCAUGGUGGACGCGUCGCACCUGGCUCCCCGCGCGACAGAGUUUAGGCGCAAGGGAGUCUUCAACUCGUACGGCCUCUACGACUUCACCUUUGACAUGGACCGGUCCAUUGAGGUCGCCAUGAACGCGAACGGGAUUCGCUACGUCAGUCGCAUCCAGCCCUGGGGUGGCCACUACUGGCCGACCUGGAUGGACUCCCUGUAUCACUUUGGGCGCCGGGCGCUCUGGAAGCCGCUGCCUUUUGAUGCACGCACUGGGAGGAGCGUGAAGGAUUAG